CACGCGGUUUGCCACGUGUGUACGUCGUUCGUAGAUUUUUUAAAAAUAUCGAACUUCAUCUAUAUUUAAUUGUUACUGUUUCCAUACUAAUUAACAGAAUGCCUCCUAAAUUUGAUCCCAAUGAAAUUAAAAAAGUUUAUCUACGAUGCGUUGGAGGUGAAGUAGGAGCAACUUCAUCUUUGGCUCCAAAAAUUGGUCCUCUUGGUUUGUCUCCAAAAAAAGUUGGUGAUGAUAUUGCCAAAGCUACCAGUGAUUGGAAAGGUUUGAAGAUUACUGUACAAUUGACAAUUCAGAAUAGACAAGCUACCAUUUCAGUAGUUCCAUCUGCUGCAUCUUUAAUUAUCAAAGCACUAAAAGAACCUCCAAGGGAUCGUAAAAGGCAGAAAAAUAUUAAGCAUAACGGAAAUCUGUCAUUUGAUGACAUUGUUGCGAUCGCUCGAGCAAUGAGACCAAGAUCUAUGUCAAAGUAUCUUAGUGGCACUGUUAAAGAAAUAUUAGGAACUUGUCAAUCAGUUGGAUGCACAGUUGAAGGUCGACCACCACGAGAUCUCAUCGAAGAGAUUAAUGGUGGAAAGCUCCAAGUCCGAGAUGAAUAAUGUGAUUUAUCAUAAGGGGU